CCAGGGCCUGCAGAGCAAAGGAGGGGCCCUUCCCAGCUUGAACCAAGGAGCCCGGUGCUGGAGCUGGCCAGCCUCAUGCUGGCAGGACUGGGCCCAGAAGGGACACACCGGGCACUGACCAGUGGCUUGCAUUAUUAGUAACACAAGGAAGGACACUCAUUGCUCAGUUACAGAGAGCUGCUGUCCUGAUUCUCUCCUGCCUGCCUCCUGCAAAAAGAAACACACCACCAGUCACCUGUUACAUGCUGGUGCACAUGGCAACCCAAGGUGCAGGGCGUCCGUUUCAUACCUGGAGAUUUCAUCUCUUCCCUGCUGGUGCAGAAAAUGGUCACACAAUCCCAUUCACCCCCUACCCCCUCAGAAACAAAAUAAACCAGGAUCACUAGUUCUGAAGGAGAGAAUCUCAUUCCAAAGAGAAGCAGCCUGCUGUUCUCUGCCUUCUCCCUUCUCCCCAGCAAGCACUAAAUCACCUGCACAGGGCAACAGACGCAUCUGACAGCAGGCCCACGGGACAAAAUCGUUUACACCCUGACCCUGCAUGGGAUGUGUGGCUCUGACUGCAGGAUUGGGGCCUUUGUUCGUUGUCUCUUUGUCAGUGAUGGAAAAUUCUUUCCUGCUUUCAGUGGGAAUGUUGGCUUUUAUAGCAGGAAAUAUUGGAUUCCCCUCUACAUUAUUUCCUUAAUGUAUAUUUCCAUCCGCAGGCGAGAGUUGGUUUCCAGUGUUUUUGUGCCUAUUGUUACAGGGGUGUUCCCCUUUAAGUAUGGCAUGACAACAAAGCAACUGACAACUACCAUAACUAACUGGAGCAGCUAAGGGCCUUCCCUCCCCAGACAGGGCUUCCCUUUGAUUGGUGGCAUGAGACAUCAAUCUUCUGUGAUCUGAAAGGUCCCUCUGCCCCGGAAUGCUGGCAGUCCUGAGAUGUGUACACACACUGGCCCUGGGGCAUUGGCUGCAGGGAGCCAGGCUGAAAGGAGAAAGGAACAGGCAAGGCACUAGGAAAAACUUAACAGGAUGCAAACUCCUGGGUUUGCACUUUCUCUUUCCUGGCUGUGACUCUGUGACUGCUGCUUCAUAAUCCACCUAGUGCUACAGAGAGAAACAGCUGGGAGAAGGGGCAGGGGAAAGAACAGACCUGGGGGCAAGUGGCUCUGGGAUUGCUGAACCUCCGCUUGAUGUUUUCUACCCAACUGGAGGUUCUAGGGCAGCUUUAUCCUUUCCUUUGAAGACUGCAGUGAGUUCCUGAGUGUGGGUUUUGCUCCCUUCAUGGUAUGUAUAUCUACACACCCUAAUGCAAUCACCUAGCUACCCUGGUAAUCAGACCCAGGCAGCACUUAUGUGGGCACCUGGCUGCAGCCAGGAUGGGCUAAUGAAACGUCAAUGAGCUGGAGAGAGAUCUGGAAGAAAUGCAGAAGGAGCUGGAAAUGACCACUGCCCAGGUCAUGUUUGCUCCCAUGUCUUUUUCAAGGAGGAAGAUCACUGGAGUCCCUGGUAGCAGUUCUGUCCUGUCAGCCACCUGCCUGGAUGAAGCUUUGCAGCUGGUUGACUCGACAUCUCUGGUGGCUCCCAUAGAUCCUGGCUUCUUGGGAAGUUUGCUCCUGAUCUUGUUCCUGCUGAGGACGCUGCUGAAAUGUGCAGCUCCUUCCCCCUGCUGCUUUCCCCAGACCCACAGCAGGUGCUGCAGGCUGUGCAGGGCCUAGUGGCUGACCUGCACAAGGACAAAGAAGGCAUGCUGGAGGUUCUCUUGGGAGACGCUGAGUGCGAAGAGUAUCUGGGGGCUCUUUGUAGACUCCUGGCAGCUCCCAAAGUGAGGCUGUGCAGCAAUGUCGCCUACAUCCUGGGCACCAUCGCCGAGAAUGAGAGCGGGGCAGCACACCUGGUGGCACGGGCAGGCUCGGGCUCCGAGCGGCUCCUGGAUAGCCUGAGCGCCAUGCUGACCUGGGACGACCCAGAGGCUGUGAUGAAUGCGGCAGGUACCCUGGGCUCCCUGGCGGAAACAGGUCCCAGCCGGCAAUGGCUGCUCCAAGCCCCGAAAGCUGACGAGAUUGUUGAGAAGCUCAUGGCGCUGCUAGGCUCGGCUGACGAAGGCACGGCAAGCAACGCUGCCCUGGUGCUGGCCCGAAUCGCCGGCUCCCAGGAGGGCUGCGUGAAACUGCUGGGCCACCCCCACUCCCAGCACCUCCUGAGACAGCUGAUCGCUUCCCUGCAGGCGGAGGAAGCAGGCUGCAGCAUGAACUCUGCCUUCACUCUGGGGCGCCUGUGUGAUACGGACCUUGGCCUGCGGCAGCUCUUUGCCCUCCCUGAAGUCUCCAGCAUGAUCCAUGCCCUGGUGUCCAUGAUGGCCAGCACAGAGGCAGGAGGGAGCCGGAACGCCUGCUUUGCUCUCAGCUGCCUGGCUGCCAACAAGGAGGGGCAUGACCACGUGCUGCAGAGCCCUGCCUUCCCCCGGGCUCUGGAUACGCUGUGCCGCCUGCUUCGCACCGAGGAGCAGGAGUCCUCCUGGUUUGCUACCAUGACCAUGCGUGUGCUCGCCAGCCAGCCCAAGGGGGUGAUGACACUAAGAGAGCACCCAGAGCUGGAACUCCUCCUGCAGGAAGUGGCUGCCUCAGAGACAGUAGGACAAGAGCUGCUAGAGGAAGUGACUGGAACCCUGGCCAAGCUCCAGCGCCUCCCGAAACCCCCGCCACCGGACGUCAAAGUUCUGGAUUCUGGUUCCAUCCAGGUGGCCUGGGAAAGUUUCAGGCCUCAGAGCAGCCUUGAGGUCAAUUACAGGCUCUACGAGGGGGGCGCCCUGCUGUACCGAGGACCAGCGCUCAGCUAUGCCUUCGCGGGUGGCAUGCCAUGCCGGGAAUACCGCUUUCAGCUCUGCCUUGAGGCGAGGGGUGACCAGGGGCCGUGCAGCGAUGCUACGGUGCUGCCCAGAGAAGAACUGGUGCCCAGUUGCCCCUUGGACUUCCAUGUGACAGCUCGCACGGCCACCCAGUUAAAAUUGAGCUGGGCCCCUCCAGCCGAGUCCAACGGCCCCAUCAAACACUACACCGUGUACAGAGAGGAGGCCCUGGUGGGCUGCACCCCAGAACUCAGCUGUGUUGUGGGAGGCUUGGCCCCUUCCACGAGCUACAGGCUCAGUGUCUGCGCAUGCACCAGCAAAGCCCAGGGAGAGAAGGCCACCCUGCUCACCAAGACCAUGUCCCUGAAGGGCCAUGCCCCGGAGAGGUUAACCCUCGUAGUGCUGGGGCGCAGUGAGAUUUUUGUGAGGUGGGAUGUGCCCAAAGCGCCCCUGGGACGCUUCUUUAACUAUGAGCUGUGCCUGAAUGGGGAGGUGGUAUACCUGGGCACAGCGCGCUCCUACAUGGCCCGCAGGCUCAGGGCCAACACGGCGUACACCUGCACUGUCAGUGCCCUCACCAGCGCAGGGCGCUGCGUCAGCCGGCCAGUCACCAAACGCACGCCCAGGGAUGAGUACAGCGAUGUCAGCAGAUGCCAUUAUCCCUCCCCGGGGAGCAGGCAGCCUGCCACAGCCUCAGCACCCAGCGAGACUCCAGAAGUCCCUCAGGAGCCAGGAAGGGGCAGAGGCAAUGCAGGGGAGUCGCUCAAACCUUCCCCUGCCAGGACCCUGAGAGCCCCUCUCCUGCUGAGAGGAAGGGCGAAUAAAUCCUGGGAGAUCAAGAGCAGCGCAAAACCCACUGCCACGCCCAGGAGAGACCCUUUGUCCCGCUUCAGAAGGCCAAGCCAGGCGACGCGAGCUGCCGGCCCCUCCAAGGCUGCCCCACUUCCCAGGCAGCGGGCACCUGACCCAAAGAGCCUCCCCAGGCAAAGCGCGCUUUGGUCCAGUGGAGAGAACAGCUCAGUCAGACCUGGGACUCUGAGCAAAACACUCUUCCCAGAGCUGGCAACAGUCCUCCCUCUCGGGCACCCGGCUUGGCAGGGCUUACCCGGUCUGAGUGCCAUGCCCGUGUCCCUUCAGCUCAGCCGAGCCCUAGAGCGGAGGAAACCCAGGCAGGCAGCCUCAGGCCAGCAGGGGCCGGGUUAUGGGCACCCCCUUGUCCUUGAGAGCUUGGGGCAGGAGCAGCUCAGGGCUCCACCGGGGAGCCAACAGCUCCGGGGGCUGCAGAGGCCAAAGCCACAAACAAGGACUGGCCAGGGCUGUAGCCGGCUCCUGCCUGCCGAGGAGCAUCACCAGAGUCCUCGGAAGACAGCUGUGCUCCUGGGUGUAUCUCCCAAGGGAAACGCCAGCCCCCACCCUGCAGUGGUACCCACCAGAGCUCUCUGCCCACAGCGGAGGGAUGGCCGCGGGAAUGGAGCUGGGUUUAACACUGAAUGGACAAGGGAAGAUGUAGCCCCAGGGAGAGGCCAACCCGUCCUGCCGCUGCUCUGCCUUUCAGAUUGGCUGGCAGGACCCAGCCGGCAGGCCCCACAGCGUGGCAGCUGCCUGGGGCCGAGCAUGUUGGAGCGUGAGAGGAUCCAGAGGGCUCUGACGCCCAGAUUCCCUGUAGGCCCCCGACGCUUCCCGGCUAACCCCCUCCCUGCGAUGGGCAGGAGGCCCUCUGGCCAGACACUCCGGGGGACACUGGGAGACCAGCUGCUCGCCCAAGCCCAUGGUCUCUGCACUCCGUGA